UAUAUAAAUUGAUGACCCCUCCCACACCUUUCACUAAUAAAAACUAGCCAUCUCUCCCUCUCCCGUAAUCAUAAAAACCAGCUUUCCUAUUCUAUUGGUAUAGAGAGUAGAGAGAGGCAUGGUGAUGAUGGCAUUGACAAGUCUAUUGUUUGUAUUCUUCUCUUUAUUCUUCAAAAUUGCAUAUGACACCAUCUCAUGUUACUUCCUAAUUCCAAGACGCAUCAAGAAGAUUAUGGAGAAGCAAGGUGUACGUGGUCCUGAACCCCGGCCACUUACAGGCAACAUCUUAGACGUGACCUCCUUCGUCUCCCACUCUACUUCCAAAGACAUGGAUUCUAUUCAUCAUGACAUCGUUCCUCGCCUCUUGCCACAUUACAUUGCCUGGUCUAAACAAUAUGGGAAAAGAUUUAUAUAUUGGAAUGGGAUUGAACCACGCAUAUGCUUAACAGAGACAGAAUUGAUCAAAGAACUUCUGACAAAGUACAGCAUUAAAGCUGGUAAAUCCUGGCUACAACAGCAAGGAUCAAAACAUUUUAUCGGGGGUGGCUUGUUAAUGGCAAACGGGGAUAACUGGUAUCAUCAACGACAUAUCGUUGCGCCGGCAUUCAUGGGAGAGAGACUGAAAAGCUACUCUGUGCACAUGGUGGAAUGCACUAAGAAGAUGCUCCGAUCACUGGAAAAUGCCGUAGAAUCAGGCCAAAAUGAGUUUGAGAUUGGUGAAUGCAUGACUAGACUGACUGCUGAUAUAAUUUCGAGAACCGAAUUCGAUUGUAGCUAUGAGAAAGGGAAGCAAAUAUUCCAUCUCUUAACUGUUCUUCAACGUCUCUGUGCUCAAGCAAGCAGGCACCUGUGCUUUCCUGGAAGUCGGUUCUUUCCUAGUAAAUACAACAGAGAGAUAAAAUCGUUGAAGAUGGAGGUAGAAAGACUACUAAUGGAGAUCAUACAAAGCCGAAAAGAUUGUGUGGAGAUCGGUAGGAGCAGUUCUUAUGGGAAUGAUUUGUUAGGAAUGCUUCUGAAUGAGAUGCAGAAGAAGAAAGGAAAUGGAUCUUUCAGUUUGAACCUACAAUUGAUAAUGGAUGAAUGCAAAACUUUCUUCUUUGCUGGACAUGAAACUACUGCUCUAUUGCUCACUUGGACAGUCAUGCUUCUUGCUAGUAAUCCUUCUUGGCAAGAAAAGGUUCGAGCUGAGGUCAAGCAGGUCUGCAAUGGUGAAACCCCCUCGGUUGAUCAUCUUCCCAAACUCACCGUGCUCAAUAUGGUGAUAAAUGAAUCACUAAGGCUGUAUCCUCCAGCUACACUGCUUCCUAGAAUGGCUUUUGAAGAUUUUAAGCUAGGAGAUCUUCACAUACCAAAGGGGCUAUCAAUUUGGAUUCCUGUUCUUGCAAUUCAUCAUAGUGAAGAGUUAUGGGGAAAAGAUGCAAAUGAGUUCAAUCCUGACAGGUUUGCUUCCAAGUCAUUUGCUCCUGGGAGGCAUUUCAUCCCUUUUGCUGCUGGGCCCAGGAAUUGUAUAGGCCAAACUUUUGCUAUGAUGGAAGCUAAAAUCAUAUUAGCCAUGUUGAUUUCAAGUUUUAGCUUCACUAUUUCAGACAGUUAUCGCCAUGCUCCUGUUAUUGUCCUCACAAUAAAACCCAAGUAUGGAGUUCAAGUCUGUAUGAAGCCCAUCAAUCCAUAGGAAUAUAUAUAUAUAGAGAGAGAGGGGGAGAGAGAGAGAGAUCUUUAUCAGGGUUAAGUUUUUUGAUAAAUAUUGUCAUAAUUUUCUUUUUCUUAAUUUUUUGUGGUGGGAGUUGUAUUCUAGUCAAGAGAGGAGGCAUGAAAUGAUGCUUUAAGGAUGUAAACAAAUUAAGUGGUAGUUACUAAUAAAAUCAAAGAAGCAUC